AUGUGGAGUAAGGCGGCCAUUGGCCAGUACGUCUGGGAGAGUGUGCUGAGAGGGCCCAUCGACGAACAGGGCACAGUGGAAGCAACUGGAAUGCACUACAUCGAGGGAUCGACGACCAUUGAGAACGUCCGACUGAUCUUCCGCAGCGGCGCCUCCCUCAAGGUGGCCACCCUGCUCGCCUCCUCGGUGCCCAAUUUGAUUCUGGUGCUGAACUGGCGCAAUCAGCACAAGAUCAACUACAGCCUGCCCUGGCUGGAGGCGGUGCGGCGGAACGAGCAGAUCGCCAACGCCGGCAUCAUCGCCCUGGGCAGUGAACGGUGCGCCAAUGACUGGUUCCUGCCGUACCUGAAUGAGGUGGGCAGCAAGAUUCGCUUUCUCUUUGUCGUCUACGACUGGAACCAGGUGGACGACCGCAUCAUCUACCAGUGGCCACUGGGCACUGCCACCUACCGCAACUUUCCGCCCGGCGACCUGUCCUCCGCCACCGUGCAAUCCACCCGGCCCUACCUGUGCAACUUCAUCGCCACCGUCUACCCGAACUCAUCCCGACAGGAGCUGAAGAGCUUCUUUGAGGGCCGACCUGAGCUGAGCAGUCAGUGUCUGGUGAAAGUCCGCGAUCAGUGGCAGCCUCAGGAGAGUGAGCACUCGCUGUCCUUCUACGUGAAGGCCCUCAGACAGUCCGAUCUGACGUUGAGUCCCGUCGGUCUGAACCACGAGUGCUACCGCAUUCUUGAGGCAGUCGAGUACGGCUCGGUGCCGGUGGUCGAGAUCAGUCCACAACAGGUGGCCUCAUCCUGUGAUAGCGGUGAGAGCAGUCCACUGCGACUNCACUCGCUGUCCUUCUACGUGAAGGCCCUCAGACAGUCCGAUCUGACGUUGAGUCCCAUCGGUCUGAACCACGAGUGCUACCGCAUUCUCGAGGCAGUCGAGUACGGCUCGGUGCCGGUGGUCGAGAUCAGCCCACAACAGGUGGCCUCAUCCUGUGAUAGCGGUGAGAGUAGUCCACUGCGACUUUUUCACCAGCUCAAUGCGCCCUUCAUUUACGUCAGCAAUUGGACUCAAGAGCUGCCAUUGAUUCUCCGAUCUGAGGGUGAAAUGAGCGCCGAAGAGAAG